AUGGCGGAAAACAAAGGAGGAGGCGGCGGCGGGGAGGGGGCUGCCGAGGCCGCGCCGGGCGGCGGUGGCGUCCCGGAGCCUGUGGCCGCCUCCCCCUCCGGCCCUGCGCCCCCCGCGCCCGUCGCCGCGCCCCCCGAGGAGCGGGAGAGCCCGGGCGUGGCAGCGGCGGAGCGCGGUCUGGGGGAGGCUGAGGCCGAGGCGGCGGCGGGGCCCGGCGCCGCGCCGGGGCUGGGUCCGGGGCCCAGCCCGGUUCCCCCGCUGACGCCUGCGGCGCCGGGGCCCUUCUCGCUGCUGGACACCUGCGCUGUCUGCGCGCAGAGCCUGCAGAGCCGGCGGGAGGCCGAACCCAAGCUACUGCCCUGCCUGCACUCCUUCUGCCGGCGCUGCCUGCCCGAGCCCGAGCGGCAGCUCAGCGUCCCCGUGCCCGGCGGCGCCAACGGUGACGUCCAGCAAGUUGGUGUAAUUAGAUGUCCAGUAUGCCGCCAAGAAUGCAGACAGAUAGAUCUGGUAGAUAAUUACUUUGUAAAAGACACAUCAGAAACACCAAGCAGCUCUGAUGAGAAGUCAGAACAGGUGUGUACAAGCUGUGAAGAUAAUGCCAGUGCUGUUGGAUUUUGUGUCGAGUGUGGGGAAUGGUUGUGCAAGACUUGCAUAGAAGCUCAUCAGCGAGUAAAGUUUACUAAAGAUCAUAUGAUCAGAAAAAAAGAAGAUGUAUCUUCAGAGGCCGUGGGAGCAUCUGGUCAACGUCCUGUUUUCUGUCCUGUCCACAAACAAGAGCAGUUAAAACUUUUCUGUGAAACAUGUGACAGGCUGACAUGCAGAGACUGUCAGUUACUGGAACACAAAGAACACAGGUAUCAGUUUCUGGAAGAAGCUUUUCAGAACCAGAAGGGUGCAAUUGAGAACCUAUUGGUCAAACUUCUUGAGAAAAAGAAUUAUGUAAAUUUUGCAGCUGCCCAAGUUCAGAACAGGAUAAAAGAAGUAAAUGAAACUAACAAACGAGUAGAGCAGGAGAUCAAAGUGGCUAUAUUCACCCUCAUCAAUGAAAUCAAUAAAAAGGGAAAAUCUCUCUUACAGCACCUUGAGAAUGUAACAAAGGAGAGACAGAUGAAAUUAAUGCAACAGCAAAAUGACAUCACUGGUCUUUCUCGACAAGUGAAGCAUGUGAUGAACUUUACUAAUUGGGCUAUUGCAAGUGGCAGCAGUACUGCUUUGCUGUACAGUAAGCGGCUGAUAACGUUCCAGUUACGCCAUAUUUUAAAGGCACGUUGUGAUCCUGUUCCAGCUGCCAAUGGAGCAAUACGCUUCCAUUGUGACCCAACCUUCUGGGCAAAGAACGUCGUCAAUUUAGGUAACCUUGUUAUUGAAAAUAAACCAACUCCUAGUUACACUCCUAAUGUAGUGGUUGGACAGACUCCUCCAGGAACAAACCACGUCAGCAAAGCUCCAGGACAAAUCAAUCUUGCACAGCUUCGACUUCAGCACAUGCAGCAGCAAGUGUAUGCACAGAAGCAUCAGCAGCUGCAGCAGCAGAUGAGGGUGGGACAGCCAGCUGCCUCAGUUCCCAGGCAGAGCAGUCCACAAGUCUUACAGCAGCAGCCUCCCAGGUUGAUCAGCAUGCAGACCAUGCAGAGGGGUAACAUGAACUGUGGGGCUUUCCAAGCACAUCAGAUGAGAAUGGCUCAGAAUGCUGCUCGUAUACCAGGAAUACCACGCCACAAUGGACCACAGUACUCCAUGAUGCAACCUCACCUUCAAAGACAACAUUCUAACCCUGGGCAUGCGGGGCCAUUUCCAGUUGUUUCUGUGCACAACACCACUAUUAAUCCAACUAGUCCAACUACAGCAACAAUGGCAAAUGCAAACCGUGGUCCAACAAGUCCAUCUGUUACAUCAAUCGAACUCAUUCCUUCUGUAACAAACCCAGAGAAUUUACCUUCACUGCCAGAUAUCCCACCUAUCCAGCUUGAAGAUGCUGGUUCAAGUAAUUUAGAUAAUCUUCUAAGCAGAUACAUUACAGGCAGCCACCUACCCCCACAACCUACAAGUACCAUGAAUCCCUCCCCAGGACCUUCAGCUCUGUCUCCAGGGUCAUCAGGUUUACCCAACUCCCACACUCCUGUGAGACCACCUAGUACCUCCAGCACAGGUAGCAGAGGAAGCUGUGGCUCCUCGGGCAGAACUGCUGAGAAAACUAGCAUUAAUUUCAAGUCUGACCAAGUGAAAGUCAAACAAGAACCAGGGACAGAGGAAGAAAUAUGCAGUUUCUCAGGAACAGUAAAACAGGAAAAAACAGAGGAUGGCAGAAGAAGUGCUUGCAUGCUUAGCAGUCCUGAGAGCAGCUUGACACCACCACUAUCUACUAACUUGCAUCUGGAAAGUGAAUUAGAUACAUUAGGAAAUCUUGAAAAUCAUGUGAAAACUGAGCCAACAGAUUUAAGUGAAAGUUGCAAACAGUCUGGCCAUAGCCUUUUAAAUGGAAAAUCCCCAGUGCGGAGCCUCAUGCACCGGUCAGCUAGAAUUGGAGGAGAAGGCAUUAACAAAGAUGAUGACCCCAACGAAGACUGGUGUGCUGUAUGCCAAAAUGGAGGGGAUCUGUUGUGUUGUGAGAAGUGCCCAAAAGUGUUUCACCUGACUUGUCAUGUACCGACACUCCUCAGCUUUCCAAGUGGAGAGUGGAUAUGUACGUUCUGCAGAGAUCUGAGCAAGCCAGAGGUAGAAUAUGACUGUGACAAUUCACAACACAGCAAGAAAGGGAAAACAGCACAAGGCCUGAGUCCUGUGGACCAAAGGAAAUGUGAACGUCUCCUGCUUUACCUGUAUUGUCAUGAGCUGAGCAUUGAAUUUCAAGAGCCAGUCCCAGCCUCGAUACCAAACUACUAUAAGAUUAUAAAGAAACCAAUGGAUUUGUCUACGGUGAAAAAGAAACUGCAAAAGAAGCAUUCCCAACACUACCAGACUCCUGAGGAUUUUGUGGCAGAUGUUCGGUUGAUCUUCAAGAACUGUGAAAGGUUUAAUGAAAUGAUGAAAGUUGUUCAAGUUUAUGCAGAAACACAAGAGAUUAAUUUGAAGGCUGAUUCAGAAGUAGCACAGGCAGGGAAGGCAGUUGCAUUAUACUUUGAAGAUAAACUUACAGAGAUCUACCCAGACAGGACCUUCCAGCCUUUGCCUGAAUUUGAGCAGGAAGAGGAUGAUGGUGAAAUAACUGAGGACUCCGAUGAAGAUUUUAUACAGCCACGUAGAAAACGCCUAAAAUCAGAUGAGAGACCAGUACAUAUAAAGUAAUCUAAUGACAUGGACCUAAAAUUUAUUGUAAAAACUGUUAUUUAAGUGUUCCUGGAAUAUUAUCAUGCCUACAGUGGCCAUCUUGAAGAAGCUGAUAGCUUUCUAAACAGUAUUAGAUUACAAAAAACACUUGUACAGAAUAGCAUUCUCAUCAAAAGGGGAAAAAAUGUAUUGUAAAUUUUUGGUAGUUUGUUUUUUUUUAUUUUUCCUUGAUUAUUUGCUAUAUUCUUUAUUCUCCCAAUGGAGGGGACACACUCGCUUACCUUGGGCUCACAGAUAGAUGUGGAUGAAUGUUGAAGGGAAGCAGAAUUAAUAGAUGUUCCAAGUACAGAAGAGACUGCUUAGUAAAAUGCUCUGCAGGACUGGACCAAGGCAGUUACUGUAUCUUGCAUUCAUGCUGGACAGCAGCAUUAACUGUAAGCAGUGUUCCUGAAACCCCCUCUUUGUAUGAACAGUUAGUCAUUGGUCAUUGCUUUUAUCAUCUCAUUUAAGCAGUAUUGUGAAUAACUGAUCUUCUGUGUUGAUCCAGUUAUCUAAAUUUGACUUUAUCCAUUUUAUGUACAGCAAAAGGAAAAAAAAAAAAAUCAUUAAACUGUUCUGAAUUGGCAAGUGCAGGAGUGUGAAUUCUUGACAGGUGAAAGACUCAAAUGGUUGCACCACUCCCUUUCCAGUAGGGCUGUGUAUAUUUAGGGUGAAUCCUCUACACAGAAUGUUUUAGUGGCAUUCAUGGCAAAAUCUUAGCAUUGUGUCAUCUGUUCCUGAUUCCCCCUAUUGAGGCAGAAUGUUAUCUCCAGUAUUCAUUGUCUAAUUUUCUGUACUGCAAAUAUAGACUGAAGAGAUAGUAACUUGUUGCAGUGUUUUUCCAGUCUUCCUAAGUAUCAGUUUCUAAUAGGCCACUUGGCAAACAAUAACCUACUAACUACCAAAUGUGUAAAAUUUCCUGUAUUCACUUUGUCUUAUUUGUAAAUAGUGAAUUGAGAUAUCUUGCAGAUCAGCAACAUUUGCUGAACUGUUUUUAAGAUAAUAUGUAUUCUUAUUAAUUGUUCCUAUCAAGAAAAGAUUUGUAAUAUAUGCUAUUUCUAACAUUGCGUUCAUUUUGAGGUUCUGUCUUAUUUUUAUUAGAGUACUACUUGGAACUUUCUUCAGAAGCAGCUUAUGAGCAAAAUGUCAAGAAAGAUUGGAAUAAAUCUGUUGAGAUUGGCUUACUUGUCCAUCCACUGAACAAAGCACUUGCAUGGACCAGGAUAUGGCUUUGAGUGGUUUCUGGUCAAAUACUGAAAGCAGAACAAUUUUGGGGUUUCCUUGUGUCAGGCAUCUCUGCAGUGCCUUUCCAUUGCAUACUGCCUUCAUGCUGGCAUCUCUGGUUAGAAAGGAGGUCAUUGCAAAGUAAUUCUAGUUUGAAGAGUUGUUCCCUUCUUUACUGGCAGAAAUACUAGAAGUAAUAAAUGUAAUAUCUGGCCUUCAUAUAGGUCACGUUGGACAGACUAAAUUUGCCAUAAGAUUUUGUGUGAAUACAGCAAUUCUGUCGUAAAUCACUGGGGUUUUGGUGUACUUAGCAUGAGCGAUUUCUGUGGCAUAUAUGCUUUACCAUAAUGGUAAAGAUAAAUAUUUUAGCACAGUAUCAAAUUGAGAUAUGCUCUCAACCAUUUUUAUUGAAAUACCUUAAGAUUUAAUUUCUUCUUAUAAGAACCAAGUGUAUGUACAUUGUGACUGUACUUCUUAAAUAAGGGGACUAGAGGUAUUUAUAAUUUCAAGCUUGCUCCUUUAGGUUACACAAAUGUUACAUUUAAAACUCAAACUGGUUUUUUUUUUGUUUCUGAUAUUAACAUAAUGCCAGUCUAAAUUUUUUUGGCCGGUUCAUAAGUGAAAGGAGAAGUAAUUCUACCCAAACAUACUAAAUAGACAAAUAGCAAAAACUUUGCCUGUAGAAAAGAAUGUGUGUGAAUAGGACACUAAUAGUAACAAGGGAUCAUUUAAUGCCUCUGUGUGUUGCCUAUUUAUGCAUUUCUAGUUUCUCAGCUCCAUUUUGCAAAGGAAUAUUAUUAAAAUUAUCACGAAAAGAAGAUUCUGUGAAUUCUCUUCAAUUGGGGUUACAAUUUUUAUGGCACUGAAGAGCUCUAGGUUUCCCUGCCUUCAGGCCUCACCUUUUUAACUGUUCCUAUUCUAAGGCACAAGUCGUGGGUUCAAGUACUGCAGAUAUGUGCUGCCUGAGUUGGAGCACAGGACAACCUUGAUGGCAUCCUAGGCUGGUCAUGGAGCUGAGAAAGGACCAUGCUGCAGAGCUGUGGUCCCAGGGUGGCACAAGCUCCCUGGCUGCUGCAAGGACCAUGCCAUCGUUUUCUACCCAGACCCCAGAGCAGAUGACUGAAGUGUUUUGGGACAGCUUCUCCUUAGGAUGAGGUAGAAAAAAAUUGCCAAACUUUGUAGGCUUGUGACAGCCUGUGUUCUGGUGGUUUGUCUGCAAACCACAAGUGGUGCUAAGCUUAGACCAUGAUUGAGAGUUCAAGCUCUUUUCAUGCACAUAACCCACUGAACUUCAAGAGUUGCUCCUUCCAUUCAGCUCAGGAGUGUUCAUUAGUAGUAUGGGGAAUUUUGUGUGCAAGAAAUCUGACCUGUUCUUUAGAUAAACAAAACUUUAUUUCCCCCAUCUUCCUUUUGGAACUCCCAAUACAACAAUUCGAUGAUUAGUUUGACAUUAGCUAAGUUCUAUUAAAAAAUAUUUGGAGUGUUAGGUAAGCUCUGCUAAUACAUUUCCUGAAUCUGUAGCCUGUAAAUAUUCAUCACAGAACAGAUAAAAGUUUUUCUCAAUCAAAAAAGCUUUUUGAUGCCACACUCUAUGUAACUUGUCCAAGAGCAAAUUGAUAGGGCUUAACAGCCCACUGUGGUUCUCAGAGCAUCUUCUCAGUGCUGGAUGGUGUGUGUGCAAUAUGUGCAAGGGAGAGUGUGCUUUACCCUGGGAAUCAGGGCAUAGCUUACAUCAGUAAAACUUGAGCAGAGAGGAGCUGUGGUGGGUGCUCUGUGUGCCAGCUCCUUGGUCUGCAUGAUUCAGUGUUCCAGCAGGAGAGCAGGGAGACAGCCCAGCACUUGAUGUAGCUGCAUGCUCUCAGUUAAAUACUUGUGAAAAAGACUGUUCAUGUCUCAAAUUUUGUGGUAAAUGACCCUGAAGUUCUAAGUUAAUCCAAAGAAGUAAAAGGCUACUUGCUUUUGAAAGAAGAGUGGAAAGUGUACGGGAUCUGACUUGUGGACUUCCAAUUACCUCAGCAGGUAUCCUGCCAUAUAAUUACUAGUGAUUAGUGAUAACCAGCUGAAUAGGUUCAGGUCUCUUAUUUAACUGCCCUGGCAUUAGGUGGCCUAUAGUAUUGUAAGGCAGAGUUACUAUCCAAAAAAGGAUGUUCCCCAAACUUCAGCAAAUAGAAAUGCCCUGUUAAACGUGGAGAGGUUUGUGCUUUUGUGUGGAAUGUCACCAUUGCUGUUACAACAUUUGACUGUCAGAACAUUUAACACUGGGUCACUGAAGUGUUUUAUAAACAUUUCUCCAAGCCACUGGAACAGAAGUCCUUAAAAUUAGUCCAAAUUUAUCAUUCUGUUGUUUAACCUGGUUUAUUGGCUGACCUCUAAAAGCUUAGGCAAAGGCAACAGUAUUUUAAAGCCAUGUGUGUGAUAUACUGGAAGCUGGCUUUUUCUUGUUUUUCUUACUCUCUUCCUUGGAAAAAGCAAUAAAAGUGCUUUGCCUGUUGCCUAUUCACAUGACAGGAAUCCUUUUCUUUGGAUAGUGAUUUUAUAGGCAAGUUUGUAUGCAUAUCACCAAGUCUAGCUUUUAAAAACAAAAGUGCGCAGGAGUCACUCACAAUAUAGUGUGGCAUUUUAUUUUAAAAAUUGGGGAAAGUUACAUAUUUUUUUAAAAAGUAGGUGUUUGAGUAAAUAACGAAGGUACUUUUUUAAAAAAAAAAUUUAUAUGCCACAGUUUACAUAGACAUAUUUCAUAUUGAACAUAUGCAUUGUAUCUUUAUUUUGUCAAAGUGUGUGUGUACAAUAACUCUUUCAUCUAGUUCCUAUGUUUGCUUGUGGGGCUUCUACUUUAUAUGCUUUCUAAUAUAUCUGAAUUGAAUGAGUUUUAAAAAAAUGAGGUUAAUUUGGGUAUCUUUACUAGAAGUGAACUAUUAAAUGUAUGAAAUACAGUUUUGGCCUUUUCUAUUGAGUGAUCUUACAGCUCAAGGCUGCUUUCUUUAGAAUUUAUUGAAUUUAUACAAGGAGAGGUACUAAAAUAUUUUAUAAGUUUGACUUGUUGCAGCAUUCACUCGAGUGUGAGCUACAUUUUAAAAAAAAAAACAAAGUGCAUGUCUGCUAAUGGUCUGCAAAUGGGAUAUUUCUUAGGUUCAGAACACCAUGAAACUUGUAUAUAAGCCUAUGAAGAUUUGUGCAGUUGAAAGCCUGUUUUACAUGUAAAUGUAUUCAUGGAAGGGUUAAAUUCAUGGCAUUCUUUGAUUAUUUCUCGCUUCCAGUAAUUGAACUGGUUCUUUUUUGCACAUAGUAAACUCCUCUCAUCUUUUACUAUGAUUCUUCAAGAAGUGCUGUUUCUGUGGUAUUGUAUUAUCUGAAUAAUCAUAUUUAACUUUUUUAAAACAAAGUUACCGUUUCUAAUUGUUCUGUUCCUGUGUUUUUUGCUGAUGUGUAAGAAAAAUGUUUUCUUUACAUGGUUAUUUAAUACAUUAGCUGCCUGUAAAUAUUUCUUGUCAAGUGCUCUGGAAUGUGCUGUAGAAGUUGUAUUAGAUCACUUUAAAGCAUUGUUUGAAAGCCAUUUUGUUUUUGUUAUUUCUAUUAAAUCAGAAAAAUUA